UAUGUGUGUUCAAGCGCAAGGCCGAAAGACAAAAGCUGCCCUGUGAGAUGCCAUUUUUUUCAGUGAUUUUAGAUGGUCCUGUGUGCUUUCUCUCUAAAAAAUGUGAGCUCGUAACUUUUAAUCCAAGGACUAAUGGAGACGCCCCACCCCUCACUAUCGACCCCUUCUCCCUGCAUGAAAAGCUCUUUGCCCCAUGCAUUACUAUGGCAGCUCCCCAUAGGGGAUAGGCAGCAUCGAUCGCAAUGAUCACCAGAAAAUUACUCUCAUCAUUUAUUCAUGGCCCACAGGUACAACAACGACGUGAAACACAUCAAGAUCUUAACAAAGGAGGGACUCUUCCACAUUGCAGAAAACAGGAAGUUCAGAAGCAUUUUAGAGCUGAUCGAGUAUUACAAACAUCACUCUCUGCGGGAAGGAUUCAGGACACUUGAUACCACGCUGCAGUUCGCCUACCGAGAGCCGGAGAAUGGAGCCAACACCCCGCUGCUCUGCGGGCUGUCUUUUCUAACUCCCGCCGGCUACAGCUUUGUCCCCCCCUCUACCGCCCCAUUCUGGUCAGUGUUCACUCCUAAGGUGAUGGGUGUGGCGAUCGCCCGCUACGACUUCAGCUCUCGGGACACGCGGGAACUGUCUCUGCAGGAGGGCGAUGUGGUGAAGAUCUACAGCAAAACUGGAGCCAAUGGCUGGUGGAGGGGUGAAGUCAAUGGACGGGUGGGCUGGUUCCCCUCCACGUAUGUAGAAGAAGGCGAGGAGUGAACGGCUCAGCGAUCACGCACAAGAGAAAGGAAACGGAGGGAAAAAAUCAGACGGACUGAGUCAGAAAAAGGGCAAGAGAUUGGCCGCUCUCUCUGUGUCUUGUUUGUCUAUCCUGGAGGACGUGCAUGGGGUUUGAUAGAUGAAGGACUGUCUCUCAGGGAGCAGAUUAUCAAACACAACCCCAGACCGCAUCUUAAAAGACCCUUCCGGGUGCCUGGAUGGAGCGUCGCGGGUGAAUCUGGGCCUGAGACGGAAUGCCGGAAUCGGACUGAGGUUAUGCCGUGAGCUAUUUCUGUGUGCGUGUGGCAGUUUGUCUGCUCAUGGGGAAACAUGUUUGUCCUGACCUUGCCUGAGUCCUGCUUACCUGCACUAUUAUUGAUGACGCCCCUCCUCGUGUCUGCGCUGCCCCGGAGGUGUUCUCACACACGACCCACAAUCCCACCCAGCUAUUCUUCUCCGAUUAAGAUCAUAGCUCCCUGCCAUGUAGGCUGCGGUAAUUGAUUGCUGUCUCUUCCUGGUUUCUAUCCGACGAAAUCUCUCUUAUUUUCAGAUUUCCACUUUAAAGGAAGGACCGGUUGUUUUGUGUGUUGCGCGCUUAUCUCCAGAGAUACAUUGUGGGCUUGUCACGCCCUGUUUAUCUGAUUUGCACGCUACCGCAUCGUCGGGGAGAUGCGCAGCGAGACGUUGACAGGAAACAAAAGGGAUCGCGGUGACAGGCCUGUAAACAGCUUUUUCAGCAGGGGCCCACGGCCCCGAAAGCAUUGUGUCACCCCAUCCAGAAGGGAUCCUGCUAGAUAGCGCAGACAGUGCCUUCUCAAUCAACUAAUGAGGGGGAUUUACACACAUUUGCAAGAAGAACUGACACAUUGCGAAACAAUGAGCCAGAUAAUUCUGUUUGAAAUCCACCGGUGGAUCAGAAGCCUUGAAUGUCUCUAGUGGUCGACCGACCGAUAUGGGUCUGUGUCCGAUAUCUAAAUUGCAGGGUGACCAAUACUGUGCAAAUAUAAUAUUUCAUUAAAAAAAAAAUCGAUAUAUAUAUAUAUAUCUCAAUUAGCUCACCACUAGAGUCACUGACAAAAUCUUUGGCCACGAGUUUGUAAGUCAUUUCUUCAUUGCAUCAAAAUAGGACAUUUUUCUGUGCUGUUGGAUGGGAUAUUGGCUGUUUUCACGUCCUGCUUCAUUUCCCUUUGGGACUCAUUCUUACAAGAUGUUCCAGUGCUGUAACGCACUAGGCCUGUCUGCAGCUACAUGUAGAUCUGCGUGCAAUCUGAACUGGCUCUAAACUGUGAUGAAAUUAAGUUUUCAGCACGUUUAGACUGAGUUGAGGUGACAGACUCUAUAAUCGGAGAAAGGUCACAUCAGGAAACAGUCAAAGCGCUGGUUUGUCUCAAAUGGUUAGAUUAAAGUGCACUCACAAAGGAAUAUUUAUUUAUUUGUGAUCUAAGAAGAGACUUUGACAGUAAAAGACAUUCAAAAGGAAUACGGACAAAUGACUGAAAAGCUUCAAGCCAGUAGAGAACAGAAAUACACUCCUAUGUGCCUAUAAAGCAGUCCAAUGUAAAGCGUCUCCAUUUAUAUCUGGCUGUUCUUUCUUCACGUUAUGCUUUGAUUGAACAUAAAGACGGAUCUUUUUAUUGUUUUACUUUUUCGUCUUCCCAAAGAGCUAUAUAAUGUAUUGAAAAAAAUCUUCAGGAGUUGUCACAUGAGCAAGAUUUUUUUUUUCAUUCCUGUAAAAUGACAAACUAUAUGUAGAGUAAAAAGGUAAAUAUUUAUUGAUAUAUAGGUCUUUAUCUGUGUUAUAAUUAAUUUAUAAUGUGAAUAAGGUAUUGAUCAGUCUCGUUGUGUGAACUCUGUCUCAAUGUAGCACAGUGUAACACCACUAAGUGGCAGCAGCAUUACCAGGUGCUUCUCUCUCUUCAUCCUCAUCUUCAUCUUAUGAGCUUAUAGUUCCUUUUUUAUCAUCAUUGCACUUUCCCAGUCAUCAUAAUGCUGCCUUCAAAUCCAGGAACAUUUGUAUUUAUGAACUUUUAC